UAUCCUAGUUUCUACCAAAAAAAAAAAAAAAAAAUCCUAGUAGACGGCGAGGGUGGUCUCCGCCGCUCGACCAGCAUGAAAGCCUUAACCCGAUUCUCUCUCCCCUCUCCGCCGCCGCGCUGCGGCUGGCCCAACCCCAACCACCCAAAUCCACUUCCAAACCAUCUCUCCUUCGCCUCCGCCUCCUCCUCCUCCGCCGCCGCCGCUUCCCUCUCUGCCUCCGCCCACCCCUCCCUGGAUAAGCCCCCCGUGGUGGUAGUGGGCUCCGCCAACGCCGACAUCUACGUAGAGAUCGACCGCCUCCCUCGCGAGGGCGAGACAGUCGCUGCCCGCACCGGUCAGACUCUCGCCGGUGGCAAGGGCGCCAACCAGGCCUGCUGUGGCGGCCGCCUCGCGCACCCCACCUACUUCGUCGGCCAGGUCGGAGACGAUGCUCACGGUCGCCUCAUCGAGGACGCCCUCAGCUCCGGCAACGUCCGCCUCGACCGCCUCUCCCGUGUUGCCGGCGCCCCCACCGGCCACGCCAUCGUGAUGCUCCAGUCCGAUGGCCAGAACUCCAUCAUCAUUGUCGGCGGGGCCAACAUGAGCUGCUGGCCGGACGACCCCAGGGAGGAGGACUUGAAGGUGAUCCGGAGGGCUGGGGUGCUGCUGCUGCAGCGCGAGAUUCCCGAUCGGGUCAAUAUCCAGGUUGCUCAGGUUGCAAAAAGUGCAGGUGUUCCAGUUAUUCUAGAUGCUGGAGGGGUGGAAGCUCCUGUUCCCAAGGAACUCUUGAACUUUGUGGAUAUUUUCAGUCCAAAUGAAACAGAGUUGGCGCGCUUGACAAGAAUGGCAACAGAGACAUUUGAACAGAUCAGUCAAGCUGCUAUAAAAUGCCAUAAAAUGGGAGUAAAACAGAUCUUAGUGAAACUUGGGGCAAAGGGAUCAGCUCUAUUUGUUGAAGGGGAGCAACCGAUUAGACAACCUAUAAUUCCUGCUGCAAAAGUUCUUGAUGCCACUGGAGCCGGCGAUACCUUCACUGCAGCGUUUGCCGUGGCUAUGGUUGAGGGCAAGCCCAACAAAGAAUGCAUGAGAUUUGCUUCUGCAGCAGCUUCUCUGUGUGUUCAAGUGAAGGGAGCCAUCCCAAGCAUGCCUGCUAGGACUGCAGUUAUCGAGCUCCUUCAAUCUAUCCAAGUAGAGGAUGUCAUGAAAAUAAGUGAUUAACAAAAUUGAGUGUCAUACUAUAAAAAUAAAUUUGCACUUACUGUCCUCCUUUUGUUUCUUGGACUUAUUUGACCCUGAAUGUCCGAAAGCUGUUAGAUGUAUGCUUCCCUUUGAUUCACCAUUAGCUUAUGGUUUCCAGAAGUUAUUUUGUGGAUUCUGUCGCUGCCCAGCAGUUAGAAGCAGCUUUGUUCAAUUACAAUUUUCAGAGCUUUGAUUGCAGGAUGCAUUAAUCUUCA